GUGGGAGGGCUUUGCCCGCAGAGAAUCUGACAUGCUCGUUGGAGAACAGCGAGCAGCUGCUAGGCUCGAUUUACCCCGGCGACGUCAGAAGAGGUGGCCGCCGAAAGCAAUCAAGAAGAGGGGGCCGCCUGGAAAUAUCCAUCGGAUUUAUGAGUAAAAGGCGAUCGAUCGGGGCCCCGGCAAACCUUGGGAAGAAGGCGGAAGUGUAAAUCCAACGUGACGCAACAUGGCUGAUUUCAGCGUCGACCAGAAGAAACUGCCCGGAGUGAAAGAGGUGUGUCGAGACUUUGCGGUGCUGGAGGACCACUGCCUGGCCCACAACCUCCAGGAGCAGGAGAUCGAGAGCCACUUGGCGUCCAACGUCCAUAAGAGCCGUCUGGUGCAGCAGGACCUGCAGGUGGCCAAGAAGCUGCAGGCGGAGGAGGACCAGAGAGCCAAAGCCCAGUCCAAGAGGCAGUACCGCGACAUUGAGCGGCAAGAUAAUGAGAUCGCCCAGGAGAUUCAGGAAGAACUGGUCCGACAGGCUGAGCGACAAAGGCAGCAAGAAGAGAAGGAUGCGGCCAUAGCCCGUAAGCUGCAGGAGAAGGAGAUGAAGGAGGAGAGGAGGAGACAGAAGCAGAUGGAGGCCAACGUGGAGGAGGAGUACUAUGAGGAUCAAGGAGGUCGUGUCUUGCACCGAGGAGGCGGGACGAUCAUGGCAGGAAGUGAGUUCGGGCUCAGCGAGGCGACCCAGGGCCUGACUCAGCUGGACCUCCGCGAGCAGGAGUUCCACGACAUGGAGGUGGCCAGGAAGCUGCAGGAGGAGGAGAUCAAGGCAAGCAAGCUGGACCAGCGUGCAGCCCAAAUGGCGCAGGAUGAGGAGAUCGCCCGUCUGCUGAUGGAACAAGAGAAGAAGGAGUAUAAGAAGAACAAAGACAAGGAGAAGGACAGGGAGCGAGAGAAAGAGAAGGAGAGAGAGAGGAUGGCCAUGGACAGGAUGGCAAUGGAGAGGAGGAGACAGGAGGCUGAGCACAGGCCGAACUCCGAGGAGGUCGUCCGACCCAGAACACGAGAGGAGCACGAAUACCAGAGGCAGAAGAACCACAACAAGCCCGCCAGACCUCCUCAGCCUCGCACACACGACUAUCAGAAUGUGAACCCCACCGCUGGCUACAGAUACUCAGACAACCCCUUCUCGCCCCGCGCUCCCUCCAGACCUGAGGCUGCUUACAAAGGUGCCUAUUACAGGCAGUGACUCAGGAUGCCCUGUGUUGUACGGCCAUUCACGUCUCUCGUCACCUUUUUUUUUUUAUAUAUAUAUAUAUAUAUUUUCUUUCAUAUCCAAAUGGUCACACUCCGUUGACCACCAUGGUUGGGACAGACUAAUGAUUUGGGGAUUGGAUCUUUCAACGCUGACCCAAAGUUCGGAAAGCGGGUGUCCUGGAAUGCUGGAACCACACACACAUAUUUUCUUUUUUAUGAGUUUCUUUUUUAGUCAUUAUUAUUAUUAUUGUUGUUUGUGUUCAUUUUUAAUUUUUUGUUUUAACUGACUCGACACCAUUACAAACCAAAGGAGCAGCCUUGUUGACUCAAACUCCCAUGUGGUUCUUCGCUGUCGAAGCUGUUUUUUGUUUUUUUGUUUUCUUUUGCCCCUCUCGGUUGCUGUACCCGUCUUGUGCCGACAUCCCAUCUGCCGACCGCCCCGCCACAAGGGCUCCGGGCCUCCGCUGGAUAUAUAACCGUGCUAUCUCAUGUGUCCUCACUCCUCUGGGAUGCGGGAUGUGGCCCUGUUUGAUCCAAUAUGGCCGCCGCAGUGUCUUAGAUCCAAGAUGGCAGCUGCUUUGUACUCCCAGGGCCACGGCUGUGUGUGUGUGUGUGUGUGUGUGUGUGUGUGUGUGUGUGUGUGUGUGUGUGUGUGUGUGUGUGUGUGUGUGUGUGUAAGUGUAACUCGUGCUGUUCUACAAGGCGGUCCCUCCAUAUCCAUGUGCCACGCUGCGUACUGUACAUCUCCUUCAGGACAGACUGGUUUCUAUCACUUUUAUGUGCAUUCAAGAAAAAAAAAGAUCAAACCUAUAUCCAGAUGCUGGGUACUUUGGAUGUGUGAUGGGUGUUUUAACCUUGUCGCCUUUUGCAGUGGGAACCGGUACAUCUGCGGUGGGAUUACAGACACUUUUGUUGUAUGGCUUACUGUUUUCUAUGUGCAUGCUUACUGAACGUGUACACUAGUUGUACAUGCAUUUCUCCUCUCUAAAGCCGUCUGGCUCCCCCCCACCACACAAAAGAGACUAAUCUACUCUUUGUGAAUGAACAAAACUAUAUAUAUAUAUAUAUAUACUAACCCAUGUACUGCAACAAAAACCAGAUUCUCCUGUCCACCUGAGUUUGGCAUUGCACCAGCCAGAACAAGAUGGCUGCAGAUGCUAAGUCCGUGCAGUGAUGGAGGAGGGACUCGGUGGGAUGCAUGAUCAUUGCAGGUCUGUGCCAAACCUUAUUUUCAUGCUUCUUGUGCUGGCGGCAUCGACUCGGCCCCAUCCAACGUUUGAUCUCGUCCAUAUUAAAGUGUAAAUAACGUCCAACACCCCCCCCUCCCCCGCGUGUUUCAACCCCACCAUGGAGGGGGGGGGGGUUCACUCUUCUGUGGUCAGCUGCCCCCACGGGUCACACCACUUAUCUUAGGGACCCACCAGAAAAGAGAGCUUUUUUUCCCCCCCUCAUAUAUAUAUUUUUAUUUAUUUAUUUUUCCCUUUCAUGUUCCCAAGCCAACGAGUCUCUCUUUCAUCCUUCCAUCUCUUCUUUUUUCUUUUUUUUUUUUGUUGCCUCCAUAUGAAAGGCCAGCAUCACGUCCUGCCUGUUGUUAAAGCAAACAUUCCCACAAUAGAAAAGCGUCUGGGCGGAAGGGAAUUUUCAGUUGGUGACUGUCUCAGCUGGGGAAACGAUUCUCAUAUUGAAUGACUAUUCCGAUUUAAAGGGACCUGCCGCUCCGUGCCCGGUUAAUGUUAUUUUCUGUUCAUAUUGAAUAAGUAUCGUGGGCGGUGGCAGUCGAGGAACUUUCUUCAUGAGCUUACCAAACAAUUUUGGACCACAUCCAUCAAAUUGGGUGGAUUUCGGGUCGCUUGGAAGCGGUUGCGGGGUUGCUGCCCUGCGUUACUGCAGUAACUUCCGAGUCUCUUCCCUCAACAUGAUUUCCUCCCCCGAGGAAUCACGAGGCAAAUGUUUACUUCAUACUUCUUAUUCUUUCCCCCAUCUACCAAGUCUUGGCUCAAGUGUAUGACGUUGGUGUUAAUGAAGGCCAAUUUGCUGGCGUAUUUGUGUCAGCUUUGGGUUUUCUUCUUCUAAGCGGCGACUUAUUUUUGAGGGAUUUUGUGCCAUGUUGUUUUUUUUCUUUCAGGGAUUUGUAGAAAACGGGGGGGGGGGGGGGAAUCUCCGCUCUUACCAAGACCUGUGGUAACUAAACCGCCCAUCUCUCACAGUGGCAUGCAGAAGCUUUUCCUUGACAGCAGCGCCCCCUGGCGGACAGGUGUGUUUCCCACCUGGCCAGGCCGUGUGCCGGCUGUGUUUUGGCGGCUGGUUGUGCGUCGGUCGUGGUUUCGGCUCUUGAGCGCAAUCCCGACUGGCACGUGAGCGCCGGGUUGGCACGUGUGUCUAUUCCCGGGCUUUACAUGAAACCUGCCAAUCACGAGUCGGCACCUUUCCCCGUGUGUCGUGGCGCUUAGCGGUAGAGGUUUUGGUUGCGUUUCCCUGGAGUGUGUCUCCCCCUCCCCCCCUCCCCCUCUCAUGUGAAAUGAAAUAUUGGAUUUGCUUUUCCAUUUUAGCAUCCGAGACGUAAUAAUAAACUCAGUA